AUGAAACUGCUAAAGACCAGAGUACAGUGCCGCCUGGCGCUCCACAAACAGUUCGGGUCCCUGGAAUACGGCAUUGUACCAGUUACUAGCGAUUGCCACUACCUCUUCCCUGCAAAGGUUGUCUCUCGCCUGGUGAAGUGGGUGACGAUUGCCCAUGAGGAUUACGUGGAGCUGCAUUUCACCAAAGACAUUGUGGAGGCAGGACUGGCUGCGGACACCAAUCUCUACUACAUGGCACUCGUGGAAAGGGGCACAGCCAAACUCCAGGCAGCUGUGGUGCUGAACCCUGGCUACUCCUUUAUCCCACUCAUUUUCCAGCUCUGUCUGAACUGGAAAGGGGAGAAAACCAACAGCAAUGCUGACAAUAUUCGGGCCAUGGAGAGCGAGGCCAACGUGUGCUACAAGGAGCUGUGUGGGCCCCGGCCCGGCCAUCAGCUCUUGACCAACCAGCUGCAGCGCCUGUGUGUGCUACUAGACGUCUACCUGGAGACCGAGAUCCAUGAUGACAGCAUGGAGGGGCCCAAGGAGUUUCCCCAGGAGAAGACGUGUCUGCGGCUUUUCAGGGGUCCCAGCAGGAUGAAGCCAUUUAAAUAUAACCAUCCUCAAGGAUUUUUCAGCCAUUGCUGA